UACGCUGUAACACGUGAACGCGCUCAAACCGUGGGCAGAACGUGGUGUCCGCAUCGAGAUCAUCAGCUUUCAACUUCACAGGCAAAGCUAAAGCGACGCAAAACCGUCCCGGUGCAAACGGGCCGUUCCUCCUGGGUUUCUGCAUCAUUACGCGUUCAUUCAGCCACCGCCAUGUUUCUGCAGUUUUACCUUAACGAGAACGGGGACCGAGUGUACACGCUGAAGAAAGUGGACCCGACGGGACAGCCCACCAGUUCGGCGCACCCGGCCCGGUUCUCGCCAGAUGACAAGUUCUCCCGGCACAGAGUCACCGUGAAGAAGCGCUUCGGCCUGCUGCUGACCCAGCAGCCCCGGCCGGUCCUGUAACCCGAGGAUAGAGCCGCUCCGCAGUGACUGCUCGCCUUUCAGCCUCCAUAACCCCCUAAGCUAAAAAAGAAAAGAAAGAUGACCCAGAGACUGCCGACUGAGGAGUUUUGCGGUUUUUUGUUUGUCUGAAAGAGUGAAUUGUUGGACUUCUGUUAUGUUUAUAGAGUUGCCUUCUUUGAAACAAUAAAGAUGUGAUUUGGUUA